AUGAAACAAGAAGUUAUAGAACCGCCGCCUCCGAGGCGCAGCCUCCGCAACAUCAAGAAGCAAGAAUCCAACAUCAACAUCAACCUCAACACCAAAAACACAGCUCCAUCCGUCAAGUCAGAAUCCAAAUCCAACACAUCAGAUCUACCCAUAUCCAAAAUCCCCUUCUCUACGACUAAGCCCCUUCCUCCGCCAAAAUCCCCAGACAAGGCCGCCAUCCUCCAAGCCCGCAAGCUCAAAUCAUUCACAGCUCAUUCUCAAACCUCUCCAUUCCCAGGUUUUCGCCAUCCCACGCCUCAGGAAUGCUCAUUAGCUCAUCGUAUCCUCGCAUCUCUUCAUGGCGAGCGUAAGCGCCGAGCAGAAGCCAUCGUCGCUCCCAGUACGCGCGCCGGAUGUGGGGAUGCUCCCGUCGUUCUCGAUGCUCUUGUUCGCACGAUCUUGAGCCAGAACACAUCAGAUACAAAUUCAACGCGCGCAAAGCUCGCCAUGGAUGAAACAUACGAGGGCAGCGAUAACUGGGAGGCCGUUGUCCAAGGAGGAACGGAAAAGCUGCAGCGAACAAUCCGUUCCGGGGGCCUCAGCGUCGUCAAAAGCAAAGUCAUCAUGAACAUCCUCCACCAGACAAAAGCCCGGUAUGGGAGCUACUCCCUAGAUCACCUCCUCCACGCCUCCAAUGAUUCCGCCAUGCGUGAGCUCCUCUCCUUUCAAGGCGUGGGACCCAAGACGGCGAGCUGCGUUCUCUUGUUCUGUUUGCAACGGGAUAGCUUCCCGGUGGACACUCACGUGUAUCGCAUAACGGGACUCUUGGGAUGGAGACCGGCCACGGCAAACAGAGAGGAGGCACAGGCGCAUUUGGAAGCAAGGGUGCCGGAUGGAGACAAAUACGGAUUGCAUAUCCUGUUGGUCUACCACGGCAAAAAGUGUGCCGAGUGUCGCGCCGGAGGACGAAAUGAUGGUAAAUGUGCUCUAAGGAAGGCAUUUCGUCAAAAGGGAAAGGUAGACAGCGUAAAGGAGGAAGAAGACUAA